AAAUAAAAAAUAAAUAAAUGAUUAUUUAAUUAAUAUCAACAUGAAUAAUAAUACCCUCUCGUUUUCAAGAAGAGCGUGCAGUCCACGCAAAACUCAAAAGCUCUGUUAAAAUGAGGAAGCGGCAACGUAAUCUGCUUCAUCACACAAGUCCUAAACAGAGAUGCAGAGUUUGCAAGAGAAGGCUUCUGAGUGGAGUGGUGUUGAAACAGAUCACGCUUUUGCCAUUGAUGAUACCAAUCUGUUUCAAAAGUUAGGGCUUCAAACUUUCAUAAACCUUUCCACCAAUUUCUACAACAGAGUUUAUGAUGAUGAGGAAGAGUGGUUUCGAUCAAUAUUUGCCAAGGCUGAUAAAGAAAAAGCAAUUCAAAAUCAGUAUGAAUUUCUUGUUCAGAGGAUGGGUGGUCCUUCUCUUUAUUCUCAAAGAAGAGGACAUCCUGCUCUAAUUGGUCGGCAUCGACCAUUCCCUGUGACACAUGAAGCUGCCAAGAGAUGGUUACAUCACAUGCAACAAGCAUUAGACAACACUUCAGAUAUUGAUCAUGAUUCCAACAUCAUGUUAAUGAACUUUUUCAGACACACUGCAUAUUUUCUUGUGGCUGGAAUUGAGCAAAAGAAUCAAAGCCUUCAUCCUUGCAAGGAUGCACCCGGAAGACACCCAUGUAAAAACUUUUAGCAUUAUUCUCUUUGCAAAUGCGACAAAAAUGUCCACAUCAUAUAGUAUUGUAUAAUAAUUUAUAUACUUUUUCGAAUCUAUCAAGCAUCAAUAGUUGUUUGUUGAUGAUCAUGUAACAAAAGAAUUCAUUCAUGUUCCUGUUUUUUUUCUUCAAGUAACUUUAGCAUGUGCUUUUA